AUGUCUUUUGAGAAUAAAGUAAGUAAUUGUGAUCGAUAGUGAGGGAUUUGUUGUCGAAAUAAUUUCAAUUGUCAAUCAAUCGUACGAUAAGGAACCAGAUAUCAAAAGGAACAUAAAGCCACACAAAAGGAUGUAGAUAGGUCAAAUUGAAGAUUAUGAGUUACCGCCAGGGUUAUAAAUGUAGACAAUUAUGAAGAGAACAAGUUUAAUGAGAGAACAAGGCAAGGGACAACGAAUUGAACAUGAGAUUAUGAAACGACAUGGGGAACGAUACAAUUGAGGAUACUAACAUAAAAUUAGAACUUAUACCAUUUAUUAGGUAACGAUGUUGAAGAUGAUUCAACUCCAAAGCUUCCAAUUAGAGAGGUAGUUAAGAACACUACCUCAUCCAAGAAGUCUGAUGUUCCACCACCAUCAGCCGACCCAGCUAAGGCUAAGAAGAAGGCCAAGGCUACCGGUAACGAAGGUGCUUUCAAGACCAAACCAGAUAACAAGAACGUUUCAGCUCCAUCCUCUACUCCAUCUAAACACUACAAGAAGCCAUUUGACCGUCACUCCAGAUCUAGCAAGUCUGACGGUAAGAGAUUCAAGGACGGUGAAAAGAGAGAAUUUGAAGCUGAAGUUGAAGCUGUCUCCGAUGCCGUCGAAGAACUUGAAACCGGUGAUGCCACCGCUGUCAAUGAAGUUGAGGCUGCUCCAAAGCAAUCCUUGUCUGACUACUUUGCUGAUUUACAAGCCAAACAACAAGAAUUAGAUGGUAAGAAGAACCUUAGACCAGCUAACGCUGGUGCCGAAGACAAAUGGUCUUCUGCUGAAAAGAUCGAAAAGGAUCAAGAAGCUUACUUUGCCCCAUCUGUUGCCAAGAAGGCUAAGGCCAAGGCCGCUAAGGAAAAGAAGUUCUUAGAUUUCGAAGCUUCUUUUGCUGACCAAACCUCCAACUCCAGACCAUCUGAAUCUAGAAGAGGUGGUAGCGAAAGAGGUGGCUUCAACAAGAGAGGUGGAAAGAGAGGUGGUGAAAGAGGUGGCUUCAACGGUAGAAAGCCAGCUCCUUCUUCUACUUCUUCUUCUGCUAAGAAGCCAGCUGUCAAUGACAAGAACUUCCCAUCAUUGUAA